UUUUAAUUUUGUCUUUCCACAGCUCCACCGCCUCCGACGAAUGUCAGUGCUGCUUGGGAUGGAGAGGACUUGAAAAUAAAUUGGUCUUUGCCACUCAUCACAAGCCGGGAUAAUCGAAUAGAAGUCAUCAGUGUUCAUCUUCUGGAAGAGCCAUUUCCUUCGGGAAUCACUGGGGAUUAUUAUUUCGAUGCCAGUUUGAGAUCUCCUCGUUAUGGGAUCAAUCAAAAGCAGUCUCUACCCGGGAAUGCCACAUCGACGGUAUUCACAAAUUUGUCUCAAACGAGCGCCUACAAAAUCUGGGUCCGCGCGGAAUCCACUGGCGGCGAAAGCGAGGAUUCUUCAAUCGCAGAAGUGGCUGCAAAACGUCAACCCCAGAUUUUCUCUACGAAUGGCAACAACAACAACUUCUUCGAUCCCCUUGAAAUGGAUGCUCAUGCCUCUCAAGCAGCAGGUGCAGGAGUGACAUCUACUUCAGCAUGGAUUGUGCCGACCACGGUGCUCGUAGUGCUGUUUGUGCUCGGACUCGGCAUUGUGUACGUUUGCAGGAAAAGCAGUUCGCAUCACGGGGGAUACGUUUACUCUUCCAGACACCACCCACACU